GUAAUAAUGCCCCUAGCGGCGAAAGCUAGGGCAGAUGCGUUCUUCGGACAUGGCGGGCCUCGCUAAGAAUGUUGGCAUGCCUCCUCAACAUCAGUCGCAACUCGCCUAUCUCCACUCCUCUAUGUGUGGUGUGAGCAAAGUAACCCUGGGUAACCUUAACGUUCCAGUUUGGUUUGCCCGAUCUGACCAAACCUCGUUCAAUCAUGACUGAACCACUCCAAAACUUGUGUUGACGAUGAAGACAGACACUUCCAGUGCUGCAAAGUCUUGAUCUUCCAUUGCUGAGUUUGGGCCCAGUAGAUUCCAUGUUCCUAUGAAAAAAAAGUAACGUCAUUGUACAUUUCGACGUCCAGAUUAGGGAAACGAAAUACUUCAGGAACUCUACACAGCUCAUUGAAGGCUGGGAACGGAGCAUCUAGUGGUGCAGAUUGCAAUAUUGUUCUUCGACAGAACAUGAGACAUCCGAACGGAAGAUGUAUGUCCAUUACAUGUCUAAUUGUGAGCACCAACACGACACAGCCUAUCGUUGCUGCAUACUUUCUAAAAUGCUGUUUACAGUCAGGACGGAUCGACAUGGAGAGUGAUAUAGACCACAAUAUGGCUUAACGACACGAUGCUAACUUUUUAUAGCUCAAAAUACCACCACCACGGUACCCAUUACCAAAAUAGGAAAUAAGUUUGUCGGUCGACGCUUGCUUGGUUGACGUAGACAUGGAAGCAAACAUAACUGAAAGUAAACAAGGUAUUGGGCGCGCAGUGGAUCGACUUGCAUCAAGCAUCAAGCCUUUGAACACCACCAUGAAUAGUCAAGACCUCAUGUCACUAUUUCACAUAGACAGUGACUCACAGUAUCCCGUCACGCUGGAAAAGUGAUUGUUUCGUAAACAGCACGAGCUGCUGUUCUCCUCGCACUAGCUAAGCGAGGCCGAUGAGCUGCCCUUCGCCCUACAAAAAAGCCCCUUCGAGUCUCCGAUCUGACACGAAAUAUUCCUCCCUGGACAUCUUCGAUACCGAUUCACAUCGAACUAUUCGACAGUCGAUCCGACUACAGAUAUUCGAAUACUCUCGUCGUCACACAAGACUUCGUGCACAACGUGCUAUCCCAACAAUAAAAUGUUCUCUGUUUCAGGCUAUGCCAGAGACUUGGAUGACUUGCCCACCGUCUUGAGAGAUGUACUGCUGCCCGGUUUCCGGUCACCAGUGGGACGAUCUAGACCCAGAGACCAGCCAAGAGGAGACCGCCGCGACAGAGACCACUACGAUGGAGACUACUAUGAAGGUUAUUUCUACGACGAAGAUCACCAGGAAAGAGAAUUCUACGAAGGAGAUUACUGCGACAGAAAUCGACCAGAGCUUCAGAGUAAGCGUGUGACCUGGGCUGAGGCCGAGUCAUUCGUCGCUUCUAAGCUCAGCAAUGGUUAUCACGAAAAAACCCUUGAAAGAAUGAUCAAGGAAGAAGUUGAUGCAUCAGGCGAGAAUGGCGACUACGAUCCUUUAUUCCUUGAAUACUGUCUUCACAUCCUCCGAAAUAUGAUGCAUACUAGCCAGUUCUCACAAUUCAAGGGCAACUCUUAUGUCCAAGGUGCGAUGGAAAGAAAUCCCUAUGAUGAUGGCAACAACAAUGGAAAGGGCUUCACAGCUGUUCAGGUAGUCAGUGGUUAUGAGAAGGAGAAGAAAAAUGCGAAGGAAUCAGAGCAGUGUCAAUUUCUGGACGACAAAACUGCGAAAAGACUACGACAUAUGAGAGAGAGACUUCAUACAGAAGCGGAGCGCACCUGGCAUGAGAAUGCUGCAAAGGAGUAUCACAAGGAUAACCAAUACGACGAUCGCUCAAACAAAAGAAUUUUUCCACGCGCUCCCCCGUCUUCACCCAAAGUCCAGCGUACUCGACGGGUGGAGUUCCCUUAUGAGCCUACAAUGACUGAAAGCUCCACUCCAGGAUUGCAGCGUGACUCAAGACGCUAUAAUACAUCCGUACGCGACCAAGAGCGUGGUAGAGGCAAAACCAAAUCUCACCCAGCUGCCCAUCUCCACAGCUCCAAUCGCUACACUAGUAGAGAACGCUCAAGCUCAAUUCGACCUGGGGAUUCUGUGUCACAGUAUGAUUCCGACUUCACCACAAACGUCGGUGCCGACUUCUCUAGGCUCCGUCUUGGAACUCCCCCAAACACCAGUAAUCAGUCAAACGCUGAUUUUUCUGACGAUGGUUCCUUUAGUUUUAUCUUUGAAAGCACCGAGAGACCACAUCAUGCCCCACUUCGUGGAAACACCCGCCACAGCUGGACCAGUGACGUGUUUCAGAAGCUUCUGACGGGGAAGGAUCACCCGUAUGCCUCGGGCGGCAGACAGGAUGCCAAUAUUGCUCCAGGUGUUCAAAGCGGCUCUUACUCUGGAUUACAAGAUCAUGUAUACGAUAAGGGCCCUGCACCAAGAUAUCGGUCGGAAUUUCGAAAGCGCCACGAAUCUCGACACCCACCUCCUCCAAAGCCAUCCAGAUCAUCAAGCCGUGUUGACGCUCGGGAGACGAGAACUCGAGAAGCAUCAGAGACCAGCUCCUCAAGAACAUCCAGCCUCAAUACCUUUGUCCAUUCUCACCAGGGACAAAUUACAUCUCAUAAACGCUCUGGUAACCCUGGCAUGCAAUCCCCACUUAUCAGCGGUGCAAACAAGAAUUCUGACGUAGUUAGACGACGAGAAGACGGUCCGUUUUAUGGUCGUGGUUAUACCCAAUCUCGUUCUGUGGGCAUUAAUUACAUGCCACCACGUGCGGAGUCAGUAGCCUCCACUAUGACUGACUACACAAAUCUUACUGGGCUCACAAGCAGUGGAAAGAGAUCAAAAAAGCGUGGUCCUCUGAAACGAUGUUGAUUUAAAUAGCAAGACUGUAUCUUAGCUGAUCUCUUAGCUGAUCAGUCUCAUCGCCUGCGGACUUGGGUGGUCUGCUGGCACACAUCGGAAUGGUAUUGGAUAGCCUUCGCUUUUUACACUUGAUGGAUCAGAGAGAUAAAUUGGAACAGGCGUUGGUCUUGGGCUUUCAAUCAUGUCUUUGAUUCCCCCAUCGCAAAAGUAUAUUUUACCGAAGGGCAUGGAUCAAGUAGGUGGGCAAAACACUGACUUCUGAAGAUACUUCUGGUUGCACUGACAUGCUUGUCACAUCUUGGACCAGUUCCUUCUAUAGAGAAGUCUUUUAAUUAUUAGCAGUGCAAGGAGAUUCUUCAGAGGUUCCUGUUUAUGGAGCAAUCUCUAUCUCGUGAGACUCAAAACCAG